GGCGUGGGCCUAAUCGAGGCUGGCCUAGUUAAGCCUGAUUCUUUUUCUUACGUCUGUGUGCUUGAGAGCCAGUUUGUGCAUGUGUGUGUUGUUUAACUGAGACAAGCAGUGCAGCAGCCUGCUCACACAAGUGAGUAGAGAAAGACAGACACAGCACAAGGAAAAGAAGAGAAGGAGAUCAAACCUAGAGCACUGAGACUAGCCUAAAGGCAGGAUGUCUACCAUAUUCAUGUCAAACAGCAUGGUUGGCAAGGCCCGCUCCUCCAACUUCACCCUAUCUGAGAAACUGGAUCUUUUGCGGCUGGUCCAGCCUCACAUACGCAUUCUGGAGGAGCACACCAACAAGCACGCCGUGAUCGUGGAUAAGAACCGGUGCUGGGACAGCAUAGCAGAGCGCUAUAAUAAUUUCGGAGGUGAAAGGCCCCCCAGAACGGCUCAGGGCCUUCGGACCCUCUAUAAGCGACUUAAAGAAAGUGCCAAGCAGGAAGUUCUUCAGCGAAGCCAUGCCCAACCCGAGUACCGGGGCAGCAUCUCAGAGCCAACCAAGCGCAUUAUGGAAAUGAUACCUCAACUAUUUCAUGUGGGGGACAAAGAGCCGAACGCACUCCACAGGCUUCAGUUCAAGAGGAAUUCUCCAGUAGAGCAACCAGGGAGCAGUUUGUCCCUCCCAGCGUUGUCGGACUAUGCACCUGUUGGGGCUGUGAGGGUGGAGACUGAGGAUGUGAAACCACCUCCUGAUAUCCACCUGAUCACAUCCCAGAGUUCACCUGUCACCAUCGCCACCCCGAGCAGUCAGGCCCACCACGGACAGAACGAGAGGGACAAUGAAGUAGUGGGAGAGGAGGAAGAUGAGGAGGAGGAAUUAGCCUCCCACGUGUAUGCGGCCUCUCUGUCUCCGUGCCCCUCUUCAGCACACCUGCCACCCUCACCAUCGGCCCCCGGCCCCAGGAGGAGUGCUUAUCAGAGAGGGAGGGCAAUGUUCAAGAAUCCCGUUUUUGAGGCAGAAGCUCUGCAAAUGAUGAGAGAGGAGCAUGAGCUGCUUCUGGCCAAUCACAGAAAGCUUGGACUAUAUCUAGAGGAGAAGAGGGAGGGGCUUAAGAGAAAGCAACAGCUGGAGGAGGAGCUACUUCGGUCAAGGGUCAAAGUGGAGAAAUUGAGGGCGGCCAGGCUACGCCAAGGAUUGCCACUGAUGUGACACGUAUGGCGUCACGUCUGAAAGUCUAUCACAAAGGGAACUCUGUAAUGUGAAGUUAAAAUGAACAGGCUUGUUUGUACAGUUAUUUCUUGAUUUUGUAUUCGAUCGACACUUGUACAAGGAUUGUUCCUGAUUUUUGAAGCAGAAAUGAAUGUUUUUUAAAUGGGUUUAUGCCUAGAUAAAGAAGAAAAUAAGAUUUUAUUUUCUAUGUGUUCACUAAUAAAUUCAUAAUUGCUUUUAA